CUUUGUUAAAAAACCUUUGUUCCGAUUCAUUGUUAUUUGUUGGAUCAUCGAUGGGUUAUAGACAAGAUUCAAGUUUGGCACUAGGUUUGAAGGAUGACAUUGGUUCUACACGAACAGAACCACGAGGUUUGAAGUUUGAUAUUGGUUCUACGUGCAGGCCGAUCAAGAGAAUGAGCUCUCCUGAGAUAUGGGAAGCAAAACAGUUGAUUGCUUCUGGGGUUUUGAGUGUUUCAGAGUAUCCCACUUAUGAUGAUGAGGGAGAUGGAGUUAUGUACCAAGAGGAAGGCGCUGAGGAAGAACUUGAGAUUGAGAUGAAUGACGAUGAACCCGCCUUCUUGCAAGGGAAGAGCAGGUACUCAAUGGAUAUGUCUCCUGUCAAGAUCUUUAAGAAUCCAGAAGGUUCUCUCGGUCGUGCUGCUGCGCUCCAAUCUGCGCUUAUAAAGGAGCGUAGGGAAGUAAGAGAACAGCAACAGCGUACCAUGCUACAUUCUAUUCCAAAGGAUCUCAAUCGUCCUUGGGAGGACCCUAUGCCAGCCUCCGGUGAAAGGUGUCUUGCCCAAGAGUUGAGGGGUGUUGGCUUAUCCGCCUACGAUAUGCCACAAUGGAAGAAAGAUGCCUAUGGAAAAACCAUUACUUUUGGCCAAAGGUCAAAGCUUUCUAUUCAGGAACAGAGGCAGAGUUUGCCAAUUUACAAGUUGAGGAAACAAUUGAUUCAGGCUGUUCUAGAUAAUCAGGUCUUGGUUGUGAUUGGUGAAACUGGUUCUGGGAAGACUACUCAGGUAACACAGUAUCUUGCUGAAGCAGGUUACACCACCAAAGGUAAAAUUGGAUGUACUCAACCACGUAGAGUGGCUGCAAUGUCUGUUGCAAAGAGAGUUGCAGAAGAGUUUGGGUGUAGAUUAGGAGAGGAAGUUGGUUAUGCCAUUCGGUUUGAGGAUUGCACCGGACCUGAUACUCUAAUCAAGUACAUGACUGAUGGUAUGCUUCUUAGGGAAAUUUUGGUUGAUGAGAAUCUGUCACAGUAUAGUGUUAUAAUGCUUGAUGAAGCCCAUGAGAGAACUAUUCAUACUGAUGUUCUUUUCGGAUUGCUCAAGCAGCUGGUGAAACGGAGACCUGAGUUGCGAUUGAUUGUCACAUCUGCUACUCUUGAUGCUGAGAAAUUUUCAGGAUAUUUCUUUAACUGUAACAUCUUUACAAUUCCUGGGAGGACUUUUCCUGUAGAAAAACUUUAUACCAAACAGCCAGAAAGCGACUACUUGGAAGCGUCUUUGAUCACUGUUCUGCAGAUCCACUGCACACAACCUGAAGGAGACAUUCUUCUCUUCUUAACUGGUCAGGAGGAGAUUGAUUUUGCCUGUCAGGCUCUCUACGAGAGGAUGAAAGGAUUAGGUAAGAAUGUCCCAGAGCUGAUCAUUUUACCUGUUUAUAGUGCCCUUCCUAGUGAAAUACAGUCUAGGAUAUUCGAUCCCGCUCCUCCUGGGAAAAGGAAAGUUGUUGUGGCUACAAACAUUGCUGAAGCUUCCUUGACUAUUGAUGGGAUAUUUUAUGUUAUUGAUCCGGGGUUCUCUAAGCAAAAUGUGUAUAACCCAAAGCUAGGUCUUGAUUCCUUGGUGAUAACUCCAAUAUCACAAGCCUCAGCCAAACAAAGAGCUGGACGUGCAGGGCGUACUGGACCUGGAAAGUGUUAUCGCCUCUAUACUGAGAGUGCAUAUAGAAAUGAGAUGUCGCCUACUUCUGUUCCUGAGAUUCAAAGAACAAAUCUGGGCAUGACUACUCUUAGCAUGAAAGCCAUGGGCAUAAAUGAUCUUCUUUCAUUUGAUUUUAUGGAUCCUCCAUCACCCCAAGCACUUAUUUCCUCCAUGGAGCAGUUAUACAGCCUUGGAGCAUUGGAUGAAGAGGGUCUUCUAACCAAAUUGGGGAGGAAAAUGGCUGAAUUUCCUAUGGAUCCACCACUGUCCAAGAUGCUACUUGCCAGCGUAGACCUUGGAUGCAGUGAUGAGAUUUUGACCAUAAUUGCCAUGAUCCAGACUGGUAAUAUUUUUUACAGGCCCAGGGAGAAACAAGCCCAAGCAGAUCAGAGAAAAGCAAGAUUUUUUCAGCCAGAAGGUGAUCAUCUUACUCUACUUGCUGUUUAUGAAUCCUGGAAAAAUAAAAACUUCUCUGGUCCUUGGUGUUUUGAGAAUUUUGUUCAAUCACGAUCGUUGAGAAGAGCCCAGGAUGUAAGGAAGCAACUUGUCACCAUCAUGGAUAGGUACAAGUUGGACAUUGUGAGUGCUGGAAAAGACUUGAGCAAAAUCAGGAAGGCAAUCAGCGCAGGGUUCUUUUUUCAUGCAGCUAGAAAGGACCCACAGGAAGGUUACAGAACACUGGUUGGGAAUCAGCCUGUAUAUAUCCAUCCAAGUUCAGCUUUGUUCCAGAGGCAGCCAGACUGGGUCAUAUACCAUGAGCUUGUAAUGACGACUAAGGAAUAUAUGCGAGAGGUCACUGUCAUAGACCCCAAGUGGCUUGUUGAAUUGGCUCCAAGAUUCUUUAAAGUAGCAGAUCCUACAAAGAUGAGCAAACGGAAGCGUCAAGAGCGUAUUGAACCUCUUUAUGAUAGAUACCACGAGCCAAAUUCAUGGCGUUUGAGUAAACGCCGUGCAUGAGUUUCUCUUAAUGCAAGGUUGUUGAUACAAUUUAUGUUGUAUUUAGUAUUAAAUGUAACUCUUGUGCUUAUAUUUAUGAAUUAAAUGAA